AAACGCUCUUCUUCCUGGUUCUUGCAACUAUGCCUGUGUGUAUAUAUAUUAAACUCCGCUAAAAAUUCAAUCUUUCUUCAUUUUACAAAGUUCCCAAUCUUCCAUCUGGGGUUAUCUUCCCAAAUUUGAGGAAAUUGGUUGUGGGAUCUCCAAAGCCCUAAUUUUUCUGUGUGGGUUUGCUCAAUUAUAGCACAUACAUGGCUUCUUCAAUCCUCAGUGGAGCCGAGAGUUUCAGGCUUAGCAAUGGGAUUUCAGGCACUGGGUCACAUUUUCUUGGCUCAGAUUUGAUUCUUAAAGCUUUUCCCCAAAAGGGUCAUGUGAGUUACCCAAGAAGCUCAACCCAGAGAGGUGUGAGGACCACCAAAUGUGCAAUAUCUUCCUCAAGGCCUGCUUCUCAGCCCAGGUUCAUACAGCACAAGAAAGAGGCCUUUUGGUUCUACAGAUUCCUGUCAAUUGUGUAUGACCAUGUGAUAAACCCAGGGCACUGGACUGAGGACAUGAGGGAUGAGGCUCUUGAGCCAGCAGAGCUGCACAGUAGAGGGCUGAGUGUGGUGGAUGUGGGUGGUGGCACUGGAUUCACCACUCUUGGGAUUGUUAAGCGUGUGAAUCCCAAGAAUGUGACCAUCAUUGAUCAGUCCCCUCACCAGCUUGCCAAGGCUAAGCAGAAGGAGGCUCUGAAAGAGUGCAAGAUCCUUGAAGGUGAUGCUGAGGACCUCCCAUUCCCCACUGAUUGUUUUGACAGAUACAUUUCUGCUGGAAGUAUCGAGUAUUGGCCAGAUCCACAGCGGGGUAUCAAGGAAGCGUACAGGGUGAUCUGCCAAGGGGGAGUAGCGUGCGUUAUUGGUCCCGUGUACCCAACCUUUUGGCUGUCUCGAUUCUUUGCUGACAUGUGGAUGCUCUUUCCGAAAGAAGAAGAGUACAUCGAGUGGUUUAAAAAGGCUGGUUUUGUCCAAGUUAAACUCAAGAGGAUUGGACCAAAAUGGUACCGAGGUGUACGCAGGCAUGGCUUAAUAAUGGGCUGCUCGGUAACAGGCGUGAAGGCUUAUUCUGGAGACUCGCCCCUGCAGAUGGGUCCAAAGGCGGAGGACGUGAGCAAGCCCUCGAACCCAUUUGUUUUCCUUUCACGACUGAUUCUCGGGGCAAUUGCAGCGACUUACUACGUGCUCGUUCCAAUUUACAUGUGGAUCAAAGAUCAAAUUGUUCCCAAAGGCCAGCCUAUCUGAAGAACCAAAGAAGAAGAAGAUGCAUCAGAUAUUCAUGUGAUUUAUUUCAUCACUUCACCCUUCAAAUCUGCAGGCACAUCUCAAGCUAAGCAACAGUUUCUGAGAGUGCCAAAACCUGCAGAAGUUGUGGAAGACAUGAUGGAAGGCUUUGGGUUUUUCUCAAUAGUAUGUGGCAUUAAAGACCAUUUCUUGUCAGAACCAUUAAAUCUCUUAGCUUUGCUGUGUAGGUUUGUUUACUGUUUACUUGUAGUUUUGUUGAUUGAAUGCAGUGAUUACUACAUAUUCCAUCUAUGCUUUCAUUGAAUAAGAUUUUUACUGAAAUUAGUAGGAA